AUGGAGGAGUUUUUGGUGCAAGCUUGGCAAAUUUGGAAUCAAAGAAACUGGGUUGUAUAUGGAGGGAAAUUUCAUGACCCGGGAUGGUUAAUCAAUCGAUCAAGGGAGUUGUUAGAGGAAUUUCGGACUGCCCAAGAUCAGAUGAGAACUGAAUCAGUUAGGCAGUCAGCUUGUGAUACCUGGCAGCCUCCUCCUCAGUCAAUCUUCAAGCUUAACUUUGAUGCAACAGUGUUUUUAGGCCUCAACAGAUCUGGUUUUGGUGCUAUUAUACGAAAUGAGAAAGGAGAGGUUAUGGCAGCCAUGGCAGGUAAGGGUUCGAAAGUGUUUUGCAGUGAGGAAGCUGAACUACUUGCCUGUAGGAAAGCGAUUGAGUUUACGGUGGUUGUGGGUUUCUCAGAAUUAGUUAUUGAGGGAGAUAACAACUCGACCAUGACAACUAUUUCAACGCUGAAGAUUGAUCAGUCAUUGUUAGGGAAUGUGGUUGGGGAUAUUCAACAUUUGAUUCGAAAUUUGCUUUGGGUAAGGAUUGAUUGUAUUAAAAGAGGGGGGAAUCGGGUUGCUCAUGUAUUAGCCCAAUUUGCUAGGAAUAUUACUGAGGAUAUGUAUUGGAUGGAAGAUGUUCCUCCAAUAGUUAGGGAAGCUUUGUACCAAGAUGCUAAUUUUGUUGAUUAA